UAUUUAUUAUAGGAUUGAUGGAAUAAGAUAAUGCAACACUUGAGCAAUCUGCCAAGAGGAGUCUCUUGGGAAGACUUCCAAAUAUGUAACACCUAAAUAGGAGGCUGUAGAAAAACUCCACAUGUCUAGUUUGUUCAAAUUCAUGACAAAUUACCAAUAUUCAAUGAUUUUAUCCAAUCUGUUAUUGUGGGCUCUUAACCAUUUUAAAAUUACUUUUAAUUAAUGUUAAAAUGUAUAAAAUGUUAAAAAUGUUAGAUUUUCAGUUGUUAAAAAUUUUUCAAAUUACUACAUAUAUCUAUUUAUCUCUCAUUUUUUAAAAUUAUUCUGGAAUCUAUAUAUUGAUUGAAAGAGUUUGACUUAGUUUGAAUAAAUAGCUGGAGAUGAUGCAGCUGAAGUGAGAUUUGAGAAAGGUGCAAUGGUUCAGGCAUGGUGAAAUGGCAAAGUAUUGUACAAUGUUAAGUCUAUGGGGCAAAUGUGUUGAGGUCCUAUCCCAUUAACUUUAGCUUGAGCAAUUUUUUGUGUUUUUUCAGUUUCAUUACCGGAGCUGGUUUUGGACUGUUAGCCACCAAUCUUAACUAAAUUAGUAUAAUAUAAUGCUUGCUAUAGAUAUUUGGCCGCCCUUAUCAAUACUGAUUGCCAGUAAUUUUGUAAUCUACCCCAACCCACGAGAGUCUACUGCCUUGGCAUUAAAAGGAAUCGAUUAUGAAUAUAAAGCUGUGAAUCUCAUCAAAGAUGGUGGUGAACAGCAUUCUGAUGAAUAUAAGAAAUUAAAUCCUCAGCAGAAAGUUCCUACAUUAGUUAUUGAUGGAAAUGUCUUAACAGAUUCUAUCUCAAUUUUAGAAUAUCUUGAAGAAAAAAGACCAUUACCACCACCAUUACUACCAACAGAUGCUGCAGCAAGGUCAAAAGUUAGAACAAUCGUAAAUUGCAUUGCCUCAGGAAUUCAACCAAUACAAAAUUUAGCAGUAUUACAACAUUUAGAUGAAGAUAAGAAAUCAUCUUGGCCCAAAUAUUGGAUAACUGAAGGUUUCAAAGGUAAAUUACUGGAAACAUAUGAUUGUAUACUAUAAAUGCUGAACUUUUAA